GUUGACAGUCAUCCGUAGCGGGGCUGCGCUAAUGAUGAGGAGCCGUUUCCGUGAGCACUGCCUUAUUUGAACAUAGAGUGUGAUGUCAUGCAUAGUUGGCGCUCAACAAAGAGUUGACUAGCUGACAUCAUCGGUAACCGGUUCACCGCCAGCCGACGCACAGACGUUGCAUUACAGUAAUUCUGUUCGUGGCAAGUUUCCUGGUCGUCCACUCCUUCAGAUUUCGCGUUUCAUUUUUCGUAUAAUUUAACCGAAAAUGACCUCAGGUGUUAAAUGUAGCGAUGAUGUCGUCUCCAAGUUUCAGGAGAUCAAGAUUGGACACAAGUAUAAAUACGUCACUUACAAUAUUAGUGAUGAUUUGAGUCAAAUUGAGACAGAAUCUACUGUACAGCAAGGCAGUUGGGACGACUUUUGUGCUGCACUCCCGCCGGAUGGUUGUCGGUACGCAGUGUACGACUUUGACUAUGAACUUCCUGAUGGCGGUAAACGAAAUAAAUUGAUAUUUGUAAAUUGGUGUCCAGAUUCUGCCAAGAUAAAGUUGAAAAUGCUUUACGCCACAAGUAAAGAUGCCAUCAAGAAGAAACUAGUUGGGAUCGGGAAUGAAGUACAAGCGACUGGUUUAGAUGAACUAAACUAUGAUGAAAUACUCGAGAAGAUAUCUAGGGGAGGCAAAAACUAAACCAUACAGGCUAUUUCCAUAGAAAGCAAAUUUUUUUAGAAACAAGUAUUUUGUUAAACUGACCAGAGAGUGUUUUUGCGAAUAGAACAUCAACUUUUUGAGAUUUCCUUGCAUUUUUUUUUUUGUAGAACCUAAUUCAUGCUGUUUUUAGAAUAUUUUGGGAUAUUAAUUAUUUUUUCAUUUGACCAAAUUGAUUUUUAUUGAAAUUUGUAGCAUUCAUUUGAAACUGUUAAAUUUUCCCAUUUGGCUUCCAUUGUAUUUCUUUAGAUUCACCACACGAUAUUUCUCGAUCAGAGUCAAGCUAAGCCAUGGGCAAGGAGCAGAGCAAGAGUCCCAAAGGUUCCACAUCCUGGUACAACUUUAAUACCAAUACGAAUUGUUCAAUAAUUUCCCCUAAAAAUGAAUACAUUGAAGUUCUAAAAUAGUUUAAGAUUGACAUUGACGUUACAUUAUCUAAAUGAUAAAACCGUGAAUUUGAAACCCACUGAAUAUGCCUGAAAUGCUAAAUCAGCGAAAUUUAAACCCAGUGAAAAUAAGUCAUUUUACAGUACCCUGGAAGAUUUCGCUUUUGUAAGAGAAUAAUAUUCGUAGAAAGUAUCAGGAUGUGUGGCCUUUAUGAGCCAUUAAUAUACUAUGUAUUAUUAGUAGGACACAAUAUCAUUAUUUUUCAGUGUACAGUUUCUGCUUUGAUUACCUUCAUUGUAUUUUGAAUUGUGUAUGUUUCCAUAAAUGUAUAAAUCAGUGAAUAUCAGACGUUAAUUAGUGAUGUCCUCCCUUCUUAUAAAACGCCUGAAAUAAAUGUUAUCAGUUCAUUUCUGUUUCCAAUUAGACAGGUUUCCCUGUAUUUUAAAAUGCAGUUGUUACUGGAAAUAAUAAGCCAGUUGGGCUUAAACUCUUUAACAUUAAUGUAUACAUCAUAUAGAUGAACCAAUAUAUUGGACGCCAUGUUACUUACAUCGUUAAUCAAAAUUCUGUUUGCCAUUGUGGUUUGAAUCUGGUUACCGUAGUCCGUUUGCCGAGUUGUUGAGUCACCCGAUGCACCCGCCAUUUUAUAAUCAGUUACCGAAUUCAUCAAAUUAAACAUGUUGAUCAAACUUACUGACUGUCCAAAUAGGAAAUUUCAACAAACUCAUCCAGCAUAGGGUGCAAAAAAUACACCAGCUCCAAUUUCAGAAAAUGACGUCUUGGCAAUUGUUGCCAGACAGUCGUGUCUUUCUAAUUUUAAUCUAGUAAUUCACAUCGCGUCUCUGCUGCUGCUGGUGUUGUAGCAAUUUUAAUGGGUAUUAGAUUUUAAAUAUUUAGAUGAAAAUUAUAUUUCGUGCUUUGCACUCAUUCAAACAAUAUUAUAAAUACAGCAUUAAUCACGGUAUCAGCACUAUACUGUAGUGUUUCCUCACUAUACUGCAGUGUGUAUUCACUAUACUGAAGUGUGUAUUCACUAUACUGCAGUGUGUCCGCACUAUACUGCAGUGUGUCCGAACUAUACUGCAGUGUGUCCGCACUAUACUGCAGUGUGUCCGCACUAUACUGCAGUGUGUCUGCACUAUACUGCAGUGUGUCCGCACUAUACAGCAGUGUGUCCGCACUAUACAGCAGUGUGUCCUCACUAUACUGCAGUGUUCCCUCACUAUACUGCAGUGUGCCCUCACUAUACUGCUUGACAGAUAUUUGGGCUACGCCAGCAUAAAAAGUGUAUUUUCUGGGAUUGAGUAUAUCACUUUCUAUGAAAACCUGCGUGAGAUAUUGUGUCACCUUCAAAGAAGGUCAAAAUAAAACCAAACUAGAGGCUAUACAAGACUUACCUUUAAUAAGGAAAACAUGAUACCAAAUAAGGAAACAAGUUAAAUUAUGUAAGGUCAUGGUUUCUACUGAUAGCAUGUUAACACCAUGUAAAUAGGUAAAAAUGAAUUGAUUUUUAAACAAAACAAAAAUAAACAAUGCAAUGGUAUAGGCUUGUGUACGUUCAAAUGUGUGUUACCCAUAUCUGCAUUUGAUACCACAUUUGGCAAAUAAUGCAAUUUGACUGAAGCACUGUCAUUGAUAGCAUUCAAUUAUCCUGCUGAAAGACAGUUGUUUACCAAAUUAUCUAGUAAUAUUAAAAUGACCUCUAUAUCUUGUGAAUAUUUUUUUUUCUGCAGUAGACUUGGGGCAUGCAUGUUUUUAGAUUACCACCGUUAUUUUUUUCUUUCUGUAAAACCUUUCCAAUAAUAUAGCGUAUCUGCUCAGUGAUUUGUACAGAUAUGAGGGACAGUGUUGUAAGAAUAAAAAGUAUUUUCAUCUUU